GAUAGGAGAGAGAUUGCUCAGCUCUCUCUCUCUCUCUGAGUUUCAUUUGAAUGUAUUGAGUAGAAUAUUUGAUAAUGUUUUUAACUCAUUUUGAAGAGCUUGGCAUGAUACCAAUCCGGAAAUUCAAAUUCCGGCAACUUCACAGUGUUCCUCUGGCGGUUAAAGCAGGGAGCAAAUUUUACCACGGAAACACUUCCAAUGAAGAAUUAUACGGCGAAAUACUGCAAAGGACAUCAGAAAAACAGGGCCAAAUUCUUCAUGGAAAGAUUAUAAAAUUACCCCAUCUCCAAACCACCUUCAUUUGGAACCAUCUUUUGAACAUGUACUCAAAGUGUGGCAAUACAGAAGAUGGUUUCAAUGUGUUUGAUGAGAUGCCUCAAAGAAAUGUGGUUUCAUGGUCUGCCAUGGUUGCAGGCUUGGUGCAACAAGGCCACUACAUUGAGGCCGUCUUGCUCUUCAGAGAAAUGCAUAGAAUUGGUACUCGACCCAACCACUUCACUCUAGUGAGUACCCUCAAUGCCUGCUCCUUCAUGAAAACUCUAGAGCUUGUUAAGCAAAUCUAUGCCCAAGUUGUGCGUCUAGGCUUCGAGCUCAAUGUCUUCCUUUCCAAUUCCUAUCUCACUGCCCUGAUAAGGCUUGGGGAAUUAAAUGAAGCCAUGGAGUUUUUUGAGAAAACCCAAGGAAGAGACAUUGUUUCUUGGAAUGCGAUGAUUGAUGGUUAUGUCAAGCUUUCGCCAAAUGGUACUUGGGUAUUUUGGCGAAAGUUGAUUGGUGAGGGAAUCAAACCCGAUGAGUUCACUUUUGCCAGCAUUUUGACUGGUUUGGGUGUAUGCUCUUCUCUAGAACCAGGUCUUCAGGUUCAUGGCCAGCUAGUGAAGUUGGGUCAUGGAGAUGAUAAAUGUGUUGGGAACGCAUUGGUUGAUAUGUAUUUGAAGUGUGGCGCUCUAAUGGAUGGAAUGGAAGCUUUCAAAGAGAUGCCGGAGAGGGAUGUUGUUUCCUGGACCGAGAUGGCUAAUGGUUGCCUGCACUUAGGUCACCCAGGUGAGGCUCUCAACCUCUAUGAGCAGAUGAGAUUAGAAGGUGUGGGCCCAAAUCGGUUCACAUUAGCCAUGGCCAUUAAUGCAUGUGCCAGUCUAGUAAGCUUAAGAGAAGGCCAACGGGCUCAUGGGCUCAGGGUGAAGUUAGGGGAAGAAGCUGACCUCUACGUUGAUAAUGCCUUGAUUGAUAUGUAUGCAAAGUGUGGGAGCACAGAGGAUGCGGGGCUUGUGUUCAGGAGCAUAAGCCACAAGUCUGUGGUUACAUGGACCACCAUGAUCAUGGGGUAUGCGCAAAAUGGGUGGACACUGGAAGCCAUCGAGCUUUUUAAUAGAAUGCGGGAUCAGUGUGUGGAUCCAAACCAUAUCACCUUCAUAUGUGUGCUCUAUGCUUGCAGUCAGGGAGGGUUGGUCGAUGAAGGGUGGAGUUACUUCUUGUCCAUGAGAGAUGACUAUGGAAUUGAGCCUGGAGAUGACCACUAUGCAUGCAUGGUCGACAUGCUAGGUCGAGCAGGGAGGAUAAAGGAGGCCAAAGCCUUGAUCGAGAGCAUGCCAUGCCAACCUAGUGUUAUGGUAUGGCAAACUUUGCUUGGAGCAUGUAGAAUACAUGGUGAUCUCGAGACGGGGAAAUGGGCGGCUAAGAGCGCCCUUGCUUUGGAUACACAAGACCCUUCAACAUAUGUUUUAUUAUCGAAUAUGUUUGCAAAUGUGAAUAGUUGGGAUGAUGUGGAUAAAGUGAGGAAAAUUAUGGAUGAAAGGGAAGUGCAGAAGAAGCCUGGGUGUAGUUGGAUACAGGUGAACGGUGGAACUCAUUCAUUUCUAGCACACCAUGGUGGAUGCCUUUAAAAUUUGUUUUUACAAUUGGGGUGUGGUCAAAAGGUGAAAGAGGGGUUCAACCCCCAACAGGGGAAGAGCUUGUUGCGGCAACCUUGAGGUUUUGGGUUCAAACCCAGUUCAAUAUAGCAAAAAAAGAGUAGUUCUCAAAGGAAUUUUAACAGAAGCACCAGCAUUUAAGGUUCAAAUUAUGGCUUACCCACACAAAAAAGAACAACCACUGUACUUUUUGUAUGCUGAUGAUAACAUAUUACUUUCUGUAAACUGAGA